UUUUCAGGAAUGCCCUAACUUUGUUCUGAAUAGUUGUAUAUUUUGACGUGUAGGAUUAGGGCUUUCCAGAAGUAAGGGUUUUGUAUGUCUGUGCUCGAUUGCAUUCAAAGCAAAAUUAGUAAAGAAUUAAACGAAAAAAUUAAAAUUAAUAUACGUGAUGCAGAUGUAAAAUGUAUACAACCAAAUCGAGCUCCCACUAAACAUAAAAGUAUACGUAAAAUGGAUGAAACUAAUCGCGAUGCGUCCCAGUGUGGACGAGGUGUGUCGCAGUUUAUGCUUGAUGAUUUGCAGCUUGCUGCCGAGCUUGGAAAAACGUUACUAGAACGAAACAAGGAGCUAGAAAUAUUUCUAAAGGAAUAUAAAUGCAAGGGGGAUGAGCAGGAGCGUGAAAUAGUGCAUCUUCGUAAGCAUAUUAAUGCCAUGACGGAAGUGAACGAUUCUCGCCUUAAAGUUUACGAACAGCUGGAAGUAGGUAUUCAGGACCUAGAACGCGCAAACCAACGCCUCAUCAUCGAAAAAAACUCCGAUAAAAAGCAAAUUAAAACGAUAUCUUCCAACAAUGAAAUAUUAGAAUCUCGCUGCGAAGAGCUCAGCCAACUGCUAAACGAAUCAAAACAGGCCCUUAGUAUUGAGAGACGGAAAAGUGAUCGGUUGCAACAAGAACUUAAUAGCAGCAUGCCUCCUACUGAUAAAAAAAUUGGCGAACACAGUGACAAACGCAAUGUAAAGUUUUUAGAUUUUAAUUGUAGAGCAGCAGAUCAUCAUUUAUUUGAACAUCGGAAUAUAGCAAACUCAACUGGCGUCGACGAUCUUUCUCCUACUAAUGACAGUCUACCUUUGGUUGUAGUUAAUAAUAUGUGCGAUAAAGGCGCUGUAAAAUGUGAAGACAACGAAGUACUGGUUAAACUGAUCAGUGAUUUGGAGCUUAUGAAACGAGAAUUAUUAACGGAGCAGAAACGUUGCGCGGAAUUGGAGGAGCAAUUGAUGGCCAUAAGUAAAUACAAAACAUCUUUUAAGGUUUAUUUUUGUUUCUCUUUACUCUGAAAACACAAUCAAGCUAACCUAAAAUGUUAUAAAAGUGUAUUUACGUUUUA